GUCCGGUUGAGCGUCCGCGAUCGACUCCACUCGUUUCCUACCGCUGCGAAUCCACUCUUUACACUUUUGUUUUUCCACUUUCAUUCGUUCAUGACUAGCUCCCCACAGUGCGAAAGUCCAGCCAGCAUGAAGCUCGCACUCACCCUCCUCCCCGCAUUGGCCGGCCUCACCGUCGCCGAGGAGGUCGUCUCCAUGCUCCUGUGGGCCGUGGAUCGCGAUCAGGACUACGAGGCGUCGAUCGUGGGCCAUGACGCAACAGCAACAACCUACAGCCUCGCCUGCCCCACCUCCGUGCGGGAGUCCGCCUGCUCCAUCGGUCGCGCGGGGAUCACCGCGGAGAUCGUUGACCAGAGCACGUAUGCGUGGUGGCGUCGACAAUAUUCCACUACAUGGGCCUGUACCGCAGAUGGCACGACGGAGGGCGUCUGUCACCGGACGCUGAGCGGCCAAGACCAGGGGAUCAAUAUCUACUUCACAAACUUCCUGUCGGCCACCGUUACCGCCGGGGCGGUCACCGGCGGGAGCGGGCGGGUUUCUGAGACAGCGAGCGCGACGAGCACUACCCUGGCGCAUGCGAGCCUGUCAACGGAGACGGCUAGUGCAUUCCAGGAGUCGACGAGCUCCACUAUCACGUCGGCUCCUACGGCUACUGCCAGUGCAGAUGGGAACGGUGAUGCUGCGGCGACCAAGACUUCAACCGGUGGUGUUCCGCGAAUGACUGGGGAUGCGGGAUUGAUCUUUGGGGGCGCGGCGGUUGCGCUGAUGGGGGCUGUUCUGUGAUCAUCUAAUAUGUACUACGUACCUGGUCUCUUGGGGUUCAAUUACGAGAAUCAAUUAUACCGGAUUAGAUGGAAGAUCAUGAGUACGUGCUUGUGGUGCGUUCAUUGACCAGGACCUGGAUAUGUGGUGGAUUCUGACUAUAUGAGGCUAUCUGCGGAACUAGCUAAGGCCACUGAAGUACUAGUGGACCUCAGGACCACCAACUAUCACCUAAGUAUAUUAUGUUGACGAUUUCCAAAGUGACUAGAUACAUGCUAACGAUCACUGGAGCAGCUGGUCUUCGUCUGAUGGCUGCCGGCUUCUGGUUUCCAUUGUUUCAAUCAUAUAGACUAGCAGACGC